GAAGGUGAAGUGUAAAAGAAAAGAGAGAGAGAGAGAUGGCGAAUCAAGUAGUCAAAGUGAGGAGAGAAGCGGUUGCGGCAUGCAUGACUUGCCCUCUUUGCAAUACGCUUGUUAAAGAUGCCACCACCAUAUCCGAAUGCCUUCACACGUUUUGCAGAAAGUGCAUAUUUGAUAAGAUAGAAGAGGAAGAUUUAGAAUGCUGUCCAAUAUGCAACAUUGAUUUGGGUUCUGUUCCGCUGGAGAAAUUAAGGCCAGACCAUAAUUUGCAAGAUGUGAGGGCCAAAAUCUUCCCUCUUAAAGGAAGAAAAGCAAAGUCACCUGAAGUUCUGCCUCCAGUUACAAUGCCAACUAGAAGAAAGGAGAGAUCACUAUCUUCAUUGGUGGUUAAUGCCCCCAAAGUAUCAACACAAACUACCAUGACCGGAAGGAGAACAAAAGCUGUUGCCAGAAAGGCUGGUUCUUUACGAGGUUCCAGUUUUUCAGUAGAGAAGCCCGUUAAAAGAGAGAGAGACUCUGUGGAGGAUCACAAGGAGAGUGCAAGCUCACCUGAAACGCUAAAUAAAUUCACUCAGAAUAAAAGACAGUGUACUUCUUCUGCUGAACCUAGCCAACAGAAGGAUAAAGGAGUAGAGAAUGGUGGCGAAUCACGGGAUGGAAAAUUGGAUCUCUGGAAACCUUUGGAUUGUUUGGCAGAGGUUGCAAAUAGGUCCAAGUCCUUCAAGUCUAAUUCACAAGGCUGUGAUUCUAAGUUAGAACUGGAACCUACCCAUGUCAUCAACCCUGAAGCUCAAACGUGCAGAAACAGACAUAGAAAAGAUAACGGCAAAACAAAAGUUGAGGAAGAAAAGAAUAAUGCUGCUCCUGCAACAACUUCUGGAAUUGUGAACCCUAAAAAGUUACGCAGGAUCCGUCAAAAAAGUGGUUCUGGAUUCGGGGAUUCUGGCAUUUCUCUCCAAGCUGUGCUAGAUGCUGCUGGUCCAAGGCAUGAAAAAAGAAUCGGUCCUGUGUGGUUCUCAUUAGUGGCCUCUGAAGACCAGGUAGGAGAGGUACCCCUCCCUCAAAUUCCUGCAAAUUUCCUAAGGAUAAAGGAUGGAAACAUACCUGUUUCUUUUAUUAAAAAAUACCUGAUGAAGAAACUGCACCUCGCCGAUGAAGAUGAGGUUGAGAUCAAAUUUAUGGGACAACCAGUAGUACCCACAUUGCAGUUGUACAAUUUAGUUCAUCUGUGGCUGCAAAAAGCAUCAACAUCACAGAGAGUUCCAGCAUCUGUUGGUUCUUCUGCAAAGGAUUUUAUCAUGGUGUUGGCAUAUGCUCGAAAAGCCCCACAGCAAUUGUAAUGCUUUCUUUAAUUUUUUUCCCCACCACAUGUAUAAUAUAUAUCAUUAUUAGAAUCUCGUUGGUAAUAGAGUAGGACAUUCGAAUACGGUCCAAAAUACUUUUAGCUUGGCUAAUGAGUUUAGCUUAGCCAAUAUUGCUUCUUUACAUUUUGGGCAAUCAAUCAUACGUGAACUUUUUUUUAUUUACAA